GCGGCGAGCGUAGUGCUAACGAGGCAACGCGUCCGUUGACGACGUGAUUUUACGCUCUGAAAAAUUUUCAUUAUCUGCUUUUCAAUAUCAAUAAAAGACAUUUCGAUUUCGUAAUUAACGAGUGUUGAAUUAAAAGCUUUUUGUGAAAGUACGAGUAAUAUAAUCAGGUCUUAACAAUGACGGAGAUGGAUUUAAAAUUGAAAUUCGAAACAAUGGAAGCGGGAGAUUUCAAGGAUUUCGCUAAAGCGAUGACUGACUACAUCGCUGAAUAUCUGGAGAACAUAAGAGACAGACCCGUCGUGCCUUCAGUGAAGCCAGGCUACCUCCGACCUUUGGUGCCGGAGCAAGCGCCGGAGCAGGCAGAACCCUGGACCGCGGUGAUGGCGGACAUAGAGCGCGUGGUGAUGUCCGGCGUGACGCACUGGCACUCGCCGCGCUUCCACGCCUACUUCCCAACCGCAAACUCUUACCCCGCCAUCGUCGCUGAUAUGUUGAGCGGUGCCAUCGCCUGUAUUGGAUUUACAUGGAUCGCUAGUCCCGCGUGCACUGAACUGGAGGUCGUGAUGUUGGAUUGGUUGGGCCAGAUGCUCGGUCUGCCGGAGUGCUUCCUGGCGCGGUCGGGCGGCGAGGCGGGCGGCGUCAUCCAGGGCACGGCCAGCGAGGCCACCCUGGUCGCGCUGCUCGGCGCCAAGUCCCGCACCAUGCAGCGAGUCAAGGAACAACACCCAGAAUGGACCGACACCGAAAUCCUUUCAAAACUUGUUGCUUACUGUAACAAACAAGCACAUUCAUCGGUUGAACGAGCUGGUCUUUUGGGAGGCGUGAAGAUGCGUUCCUUGAAGCCCGAUAACAAGCAUCGUCUCCGGGGCGACAUCUUGAACGAGGCUAUUGAUGAAGAUAUUAAGAAAGGACUCAUACCGUUUUAUGUUGUGGCCACACUGGGAACUACAUCUUCGUGUACGUUCGAUGCCCUCGAUGAAAUAGGAGAUGUGUGCGCGGCGCGCGACGUCUGGCUGCACGUGGACGCUGCCUACGCCGGAUCCGCAUUCAUCUGCCCCGAAUACCGCUACCUAAUGAAGGGGGUCGAAAAAGCCGAUUCCUUUAACUUCAACCCUCACAAAUGGAUGCUGGUUAACUUCGAUUGCUCCGCAAUGUGGCUCAAACAGCCGCGCUGGAUUGUAGACGCGUUCAAUGUCGACCCGCUGUACUUGAAGCACGACCAACAGGGCUCCGCGCCCGACUACCGCCACUGGCAGAUCCCGUUGGGACGUCGGUUCAGAGCUCUCAAGUUGUGGUUCGUGUUGAGAUUGUAUGGCGUUGAAAAUCUCCAGAAACAUAUCAGGAAGCACAUCGCCCUGGCUCACCUCUUUGAGAGGUUGUGCACAAGUGACGAGAGAUUCGAAAUAGUAGAGGAAGUGACGAUGGGCCUCGUUUGCUUCAGAUUGAAGGGAAGCAACGACACCAACGAGGAGCUGCUCCGGCGUAUCAACGGCCGCGGAAAGAUUCACCUCGUGCCCUCGAAGAUUGACGACGUUUAUUUCCUAAGAUUAGCUAUUUGCUCGCGUUUCUCGGAAGACAGUGAUAUUCAUAUAUCUUGGGAGGAAAUCAAGCAUUCUGCCGAUGAAGUACUUGCCCAGAAGUAGACUAUAUAAGUAAUAAGUAUUAUUGAAAUGACAAAAUUAUAAUUGUGGUAAUGUUUUAAAGUUAAUAAUCCUUAGAUAUAAUCUUUUAAUUUUAAAUUAUUGUUAACUUGUAGAGAAGUUUAUAUACCUUAAUUGAUAUCUCUAUGAAAGAGAUAAUGAUGCAAAAAAUUGCACAGUAUUCUAUCUUCUUUAUUGUUGAAUGUUAAUGUAACUGUGAGUAUAUUACGGAGAAAUGCUAUACAAUUGAUUGAUUGAGAAUUCGUAUAGGUUAUCGUGCUAGGGUUGACCUAUUUAUGAAGUGUUAACUAACAUACACACGUGGAUAAAGAUACAAGUGUUGUGGUUUUGAUAUGACGCAUAGUUUUGCACAUUAGUUAAAAUUGUGCUUAUUUAUUCGAAAAAGCAGUUAUUUAUUGUUAAAAAGGUAAAUGAUAAAAUAAAUAAACAAGGAUUGCAAAAAA